UAUUUGGACUCUACACAGUGUUUUAAAAUAGGAAAGUUCGAAUCUGCUAAAUAAAGAUUAAACUGACAUCGAAUAACAACAACGUUUGGUAUCUGGGCUGUAGUAACCAGAAUGACAGAAGAAGCUACAGUUGUUCCCUUAGUUAUACCUAAAGUUGGUUCAGUGGUUGUACACACGGGGAACAUUGUUCACUGGAACAGAUUGAAGAGGAAAGCAAAUGAAACACCUACUACAGAGAUAACUGAGAGUGUUGGAUCAACUUUUAGAUCUAUCAUUGAUGCUACAGAUAAAAACCAGUUACAGUACCAGACAGAGCUGACAUGUAAUAACAAUAAAUUUAUAGAAACUUUACCAGAAGAGGAACGAGGAGACCUCAAAUUAACAGUCAAAAUAUUUCUGUGCAGUCUAUUACCAGCUGAACACCUCAAAGAGGCAACAAACAAAGCUUUAAAAGAAUUGAAUGUGAGUUUUAUAGAGACAGUGUUGUUAGCUCUGCCUGAAUUUGAAGAUGAAGAUGAUUUAACAUUAGACGUUAUCAAGCCAUACUGGACAUGUCUUGAAGAAUUAGUAGAUAGUGAAGCUGUUCUGUCUUUAGGAAUUGCUGAUCUCAAUAAAUCAUUACUGGAACAACUGUAUAACUGGGCAAGGGUGAAGCCACACAUCAAUCAAGUUAACUUAGAAUCAUGUUGUGUAAUGCCAAAAGAUUUAGUGGAGUACGCCAAGGAUAAUGAUAUACAACUACUUACACACAAUGAUCCCAGAGAUAUUUUACCAACUAAAUCAUUCCAAGAGUUGAUAUCUUCCAACACAACAGAGAAGGAUGGAGAAGGGUGGGAUCCCUUGUGGGUGCUGAGAUACUCAGUCCUGGUCAAGUGUAGGGGAAUCAUUAAAACUAAAGGAUAUAUCAUGAAAGGUUACAGGGACACAAAGAAAAGGAAAUAAACUACUUAUCAUUGAUUUUAAAAACUUGAAAAUCACAGGGCUGUCAUAUAUGCUUUCAAAUGUUUACCUAUAUUCAGUAAGGUUUUGUGAGCAAUGUGAUUAAAUUACUCAUUGAUAUUUUAUGAUUUAAUCUUGUGCUAAUUGUCACACAAACAUAAGAUCGUUUCAAAAUGUAAGCACUCAAUACUUUAACUUUCAUAUGUGUAUUUCCUGCAAAAUUUGUUUUCCUAAUUGAUUUCAGCGUCACAGUAGAAAUAAUUGGACAAAAAUUAUGAGUAGGACUAAAUUCAAAUGUAGUAAUGUACCACAAAACUGUAAUUUAGUAUGGAAAAUAAGAUGAGUGAUUUACUAAACUCACCAAUAUAUAUAAUGUUAGUUUAAAGUAAUGAUGUGUUGAAAUAUAAAAGGUGCUUUAUGUAAUAUAAUAAAUUAAUAUGCCCCACUUUCGAUAGUUAAGGGGUAUUAUGUUAUUUGGUCUGCAUGUGUUUGUCUGUCUGUUCGUCUGUCUGUCUGUUUGUCCGUUUGUCUGUUUGUCCCUUUGUCCCGGUUCAGGUUAAAGUUUUUCGCUGAGGUAGUUUUUGAUGAAAUUGAAGUUCAAUCAACUUGACACUUAGUUUCUUUCUAAUUUUAAUGCAAAAUUAGAGUUUUUACCCCAAUUCUAAGUUCAACUAAACAUAGAAAAUGAUAGUGUGAGUAAAGCAUACCUGUACUAUGGACAUAGUACAGUUUAAUAGAAUUAAUUAAACCGUUGCCUAUAUUUUAAAAUAUUGUUGAAUGUUUUAGUAGCUGAAACCCACUAGAAGAAACUCUUUGAAUUUUGUUACCUGAGAUGUUUAUUAAUAUGGAUGGAUCACAAUUUAUAGUGAAUCAUAUUUAUAGAAUACGCUAUUGUCUAUUUUGUAGAUACUUGUUGUUAUUAUAUAUACAGAUAAAUUAACUUUUUAUGAGUUAUCA